UACAUUUCUUUCAUGUGUUUCCACCACUUGGAGCGCUGUUAGCGAUCGUAACCUUCAGUUGGUGGACGUUGGUUACACUACUCCACACUACAGUAGCAUGUCCUCAGCUCCGUGUAGCCGCUAAUGAGAGCAAACAGCGGCUACACCUCGGCCACGGAAUGCCCCGGAGAAAGAAAAACGGCCAGAGCCCAGCCAGAGUCCCCAGCGGGCCGCCAGAGGGGGGGCGCCUUGGCCACAACACGGGUUAUCGACAACCUCAGGGAUUUGACGAUGCAAUGGCGAACAACUUUCCAUCCAGCACCUCGCUCUCCAGCUCCGACAAAGAGAAAGUCGUCACAAGCAUGCAGGAGAUGUUCUCACACCUGGACCCCGAAGUUAUAUACAUCGUGCUGUCCGAGUGUGAUUUUAAAGUUGAAAACGCAAUGGACUCUCUCUUGGAGCUGUCUGUGGCAGCCGAAGAUGCAGGCCCUAUACCUUCGCCUGUCUCUGGCUUUGCGCGCACUGCUGCAGCCCUGCUCAACCCACACCACUUUUCUGAACCUAGAACAGACCAGGACUCUUCCAAAGUAUCACAGAUGCCCUCCUCUCUUCCCUCCACCAACCUCCUGACAGAUGAGCUGGACCUGCUAGUUGAUCAAGAGUUAGAGACACUAACUGCACGACAAGACGUGAAGGAAGAGCAGCACAGCAGCCAGUUUUUAUCCUCUUUCCCUCCACCGCCAUUUCCACAGCAGGUCCUCCCUGAGCUGCUUCAGUCCAGCCUGCACCCUGGAUCUAGAGGGCCCUCUGUUGAGCAGCAAGGCCCAGUGGGAGGCCUGGUGGAGCAUAUUUCUGGAGCUUCCUCUCCGCUCGACCAGCUCAGCACAUGGGAAGAAGAGAUCGAUGAGAAGCAGCAGUCUUUGGUGGAUUUCACACAUCUGAUGAAAGACACGCCUGCAGACAAGCCGAAACCUCCUUUGGACCUGGCAGCUUCAGGACGUCCCUCGGCUUUCCAGGUGUAUAAAAAGCAAGACCCAUCACACACCCUUUCAGACAAGUCUGGGGUCAUGCCUGCGAAAACAAUUAUCGGAGGAGCAAGAUCUAAGGUGAACAUGUUCAAUCAGGAGCCGCUUGGCCACAUGCCAACACACUGGAACUUGGGGGCACCAGUGUUUUCUCCCUGCAUCCAAGGAAACCAGGGACCAGCAUUCAUUACUCCUGUGGCUCAAACGCCCAUCUGGCCCAGCCAACCCAGGCAUGCCUCUCCCUGGCUGAGUCAGGCCCCUGUUGGCCAAGCACCUCUCAGACCCUGUGCUACUAUUCUGAAGUCCUGGGCCAUGCCUGCUGCUCCACAACCUCCUGCCCAGUACAGCAGGCUUCGUUUGCAAGGGAGGGUCCUUGUGCUGCUACGUGGUGCUCCAGGAUCUGGCAAGUCAACUUUGGCAAGAGCCUUGUUAGAGCAUAAUCCAGGGGGGGUUAAACUGAGCACUGACGACUAUUUCACUCAGCAUGGACAAUAUCAGUUUGACCCCUAUGCUCUGGGGGAGGCCCAUGAGUGGAACCAUAAACGAGCCAAGGAUGCUUUUGAAAGAGGCGCUAACCCCAUCAUCAUUGACAAUACCAACAUGCAGGGCUGGGAGAUGAGACCAUAUGUGGUUCAGGCACUGAAAUAUGGAUACAAGGUGCUGUUCCGGGAGCCGGACACUUGGUGGAAGAACAAGCCCAGAGAAUUGGAGAGACGUACCUCACAUAAUGUGCCAGUGGAUAAAAUCCGACGCAUGCUUAAUGGAUACGAACGCUUCAUCACAGUCCAGUCCAUCAUGGGUUCACAGAUGCCUGAGUCGAAACAGCACCUCGUUCUGGAGAACAGAAGCUCACAGCUGGUGUCUUCUGAAACAACUCGUCCUGACCUUGUAGGGCUGCCUGGAUUGACAAUGGGCUGUAAGAAAUCCCACCCUCAGCUGUUUUCCUCCCUCCCUGACGUGUCAUCUAUUGCUAGUCCUAGUGAGGUGGGAAUGCAGGAAGAUGGCACCCACAACUCUACGGAGUCCCUCAAUUUCCAGCCUACUGGAAGACUUACGGAUAACCCUGAAAUGUCCGAUGGAGAAAAUGACAUGGAUUUGGGGGAAUUAGAUUCUGAGUUGGACGCCCAGUUAGAGCUGAAUCAUCCAAUAGGAGAUCAGAGAAUCCCAGACUGUAUUGUGGAAUCAGUGAUGAGCGAAGAUCAUCGCGGGGAUGAAAUGCCCGUGGCUUUCUUUGAGUCUAUUGGACAAAGAGUGAGGAGAGAGAGGCCAAGCAGGAGAUCUGGUUUUGACAGGUUGGAGCCUGCCGAUCUGGUGAAAGAUACUAACCAAUCAGACAGCAAGGCACAGGAGAAAGAAAGAACAGAGGAAGAGCAGGCAGAAGGAUUUGCGAUGGUGAGGGAUGGGGAAGAGAAGGGAAGGCCUAAGAUGUUUGAUUUUGUUGGAGAUUGGCCUUCUGAAGGGUCCCUCGACCAGCGACAGGUGAGGACAAGAGAAAGGCAUAAAGAAAGAAAUGGGAAGGAAGAUAAAGGUGUGUUUCAAGAAGCUAAUGAAACAAAAGUGCAGUCAGGACCCAGUGUAACAGAGUUUCAGAAGCUUCUUGAUCUUAUUCAGACGGGGGCAGCUGUCGUUCAGACUGGUUCUUCCCGUCCGUCCUCCCUUUCCCUGAGCUCUGUAGAGGAAUUGAAGAAAGAAGAGGUGGCAGAUGGCAGUUUUGAGGAGUCCCAUGGCAGUAGAUCUAACAGUGAGGAGAGGGAACGAAAUAUAAACAGGGUAAACAGUAACAGAGGCGAAUUACCUGACUGUGUGUUAGAAUGGAAGGCAGGUGACUCUUGUAAGGUCAGGGAAUUGAGAAUUGAUAAUUGGGAAGGAUUUAAAACUGAAAAUGAAAGUACUAUCGCAGGAGGGAAUGGGAUGUUGGAGAUUGACAGGAAAACAGAGUCUGUGGAUUUGAGAUCAAACAGCCCAGCAAAUCAAUUCUCAGCUCUGCCUGUUAAUCCACUAGUUGUCUCCCAAAGUUUGGCGGUAAGUGUUUGUCACGAUGGAGUGGGAAGCCCCAGUACUGAAGGUGCGGUUGGUACAGAGUCUGGUGCUGGUCAUACUGAUAUGGACAUAAAUAACUGCACAGAAAAUGACAGAGAGACUAGACUUGAGGAAGAUGGCAGUCAUGUUAGUGAGGUGUGUCCAAGUCCUGUGUGUGAGGGCUCUGUGGAAGCAGAAAGCAGUGCUUUCAGUGGAGGCAGUCAGGAGAGAAAGCAGCGUCAGGGUCGUAGAUCGGGGAAACAGUGUAAACUAGCUCUCACCUUUACUCAAAACUGCCCUGUUUCUUCCCAGAAUACAGUUGAAUGUCCCAAUGCCACUGCUCAAAAUGUAAACAGUAGUCAGAAUAGCAUUGGCACAGAUGUUGAACCUAACUGUAACACCAGCAUUAGCCUCAAACCAAACUUUGACUCGUUCACCGAGUCCAAAUCUGAGGCGCACCUGCAGCCUCCUUCCCCACUUCCUCUGGUGAACACCGGCAGCCCCACCCAGACAGAACCUCAAGACUUUGCCCUCCUCUGGCGUCUCAAUCGUCACGACUGCUUUGAUGAAGCAGGCGUCAUUGCGUGCGCCCUCCCUACUGACUUCACAGUUCUGUCUGGAGACUCUUCUCGGUUCGUGCCGGAGCUGUCCUCUGCUGUUUCUGCAGCGGUUGCAGUUCAUCCAUCUAGCCAAAGAGAGGUACCCUACCGCGUGGUGCAUGAGAAAGGCACACAGGUGGAGGAGAAAGAGCUCGGGGCAACUCAAGACCGUCUUGGGAGCCUGCGCAUUCUCAGACGCCAUUUUAAACUGGUUAGUUUUGAUACAUUAGAAGAUCUGUAUGACAAAUGCCAUCAGGACCUAGAAUGGACCACCAACCUGCUGCUGGACUCUGGAGAGAGGUUCUUCAGAGAUGAGGAUGGUGAGAAAGAGGAGGAGGAUGUUGCUGGGGGUGAAGAUAACAACACAUCCAGUCUGUGUGGAGCUUUAGGCAAGGAUUCAGAAACCAGGUUGUGUCCUACUGUGUUAGAUGAGCAUCACCCUGAAGAAUGGCCAACUGGGUUUGUGGAGGGGACGCGGCAGUCAACCUUUGGGACAGUUAGCGGGUCAGAUGAGAUCUCCAAUAAUACUGAUCUGCAAAGUUUAGAAGGUGCAGCUGUUACAGUUAGAAACAAGGAUCAUCCUGAUACAACCUCACUCUUAGAAAAGUCUCCUCGAACAGAACCUAGUCUGCCUCAAGCAGUAGAUGAAGGAGAGAGCUGUGGGGACACUGAACACAAAGGUACAUCAGAAGCUAACCUAGAAGGCGCCGCUUGGGUUGGAAACUUUGAUGAUAGAGUAAUAAUCGAAGAGUCAAGAGUUGAGACUGAGGAGGAGAAUGCUAGCAUGGACGAGGUUUACCGGCUGCUGCAGGCUGAGCUAGAUGAGCUGGAGAGAGAGGAAAAGCAGCAGCAGAAGGAGGAGGAGAAGUCUGAAAGGAAGCAGAGAAGGAGGCAACACCUGGACAUUAAGAGUGUGGAGCUGAAACUGCCUACUGAGCUGGCACUACAGCUAACUGAACUGUUUGGUCCUGUCGGAGUAGACCCAGGUACAUGCUCCACUGAUGACUAUGCAGUGCAGAUGGACCUGAACCUGGCUAAACUGCUCCACCAGAAGUGGAAGGAAACCAUUCAGGAAAAGCAGAGACAAGCAACUCUGUCCUUUCACUUGCUUCAGGAAAGUUCAGCACAUUGGGGUGAGUCACAGGUGGCCAAGCCUGGGUCACAUGACUGGACACAGCCAGCACGUUUCCUGAUUAGUGCAGAUGGUUACGCGUCACUGGGCAGCCAACCAGAGGCCCAUGGUCAGAUACCAUUAAUGGACCACUGGAAAGUGUCACGCCAACAUGUCUCUCUCAGGGAUAUUAUUAAAGAGGAGCAGGCUUUGCAGGAGAAUGUGGAAAAGACCAGGCAGAGUCGCGCAGACCUUGACCUGCGCGACGGAGCCGUCCUGUUGAAAGAGAACCAGCUGUACUCCCUUUUCCCCACCAUUGACAGGCAUUUUCUCCAAGACAUCUUUAGAGACCACAAUUACAGCCUGAGCCAGACAGAGCUGUUUCUUCGCUCUCUAUUGGACGAGCAGCCUGUCAAGACAGUGGUUGCACCAGAGGCACCUCAGCCUGACCACCACAGAGCAGCCAGCAGGGAGAGGGAAAAGAAGCAGAAGCCCCAACCCGACUAUCAGGAUACGGAGGACCCAGAGUACGAGGACUUCAGGGCGGAGGCAGGCUUACAGAGGAGCCGACAGCUUGAGAGUUUUGCCAAGGCUGCUGAGGCCUUUAAGCAAGGGCGCAAAGAAGUGGCCUCAUUUUACGCACAGCAGGGACACCUGCAUGGCAGGCGGAUGCGCGAGGCCAAUCACCGUGCAGCAGUUCAGAUUUUUGAGAGGGUCAACUCAUCGCUGCUGCCCAGCAACAUCCUGGACCUCCAUGGGCUGCAUGUAGAUGAGGCCCUGGAGCAUCUGGCCCAGGUCUUACAGGACAAAACCACAGACUGUGAGCAGGGUCUCUGUCGACCUCAGCUCUCUGUCAUCACAGGAAGAGGGAACCACAGCCAGGGGGGCGUGGCCCGCAUCCGCCCUGCCGUUAUAGACUACCUCACCAGCAAACACUACAGGUUUACUGAACCAAAGCCAGGUCUCGUGUUGGUCUCUUUGAAGUGAGAAGAACCUGGUUUAUUGGAUUCAAGCUGCUAUAGAGGACAACACACACUCACUACACUUCUAUAAUGCCACAUAUAUAAUUAUUACAUUAUAUAUACAAUAUGUCACACUCAACCUUAUAGUUUCUUUCUUCUGUCAGUCAGUUUCUGGUACUUUUUUUCUACACAGGCCUCUUGUCUUUUUUCCUCCAUCAGUUAUAUAGCUGCCUAGCUACUUGGUUAAAUUGGGGUUAAUUUUAGUUAAGAUCCCAAUCUUAAUUCAGAUCUUAAUGAGUCAUUUUUUGUGUGUUUUAUAAAAAAUAACUGCAUUGGCGUGAAACACAAUUAAGGGCUUUGUACCCAUCUGUAAAGCUAGAAUGUGUGUACAUUUUAUAUUGGAAAAUGUUUUAUAGUGUAGUGUAUUUUGCUUUUUAAAGAGUAUGAACAGUGCAUUUGUUUUGCAGGCUCCAUGUUGAAUAAGGUGUUAGUAAAUCUUCAGAUUAUUAAAUAACUUGUGUUCAAGACAUAAUGUUAGGAUUUUAUGAAACUUUAAUUAAAUCAUGAGUGGAUGCUGUCUGCUUGGAGGUAAUAUAUCAUCCUUUUUCGAGACACAAUUCAUGAGUUUUAUUUGACACAGACUAAAUUUAAUGUAUGCCAUCUAGAUCCAAGUUAUUACAAAACCAAAUGCUUAAAAAGAAAAUUAUUGAUUUCUGUUGGUUGUGAGCGUCUUGCUCACCAGGAGGUGAGCCUGAAACUCUUCAGAUAAUCAAAAGGCUGUUAAAGAGGUUGAACAACCUCAUUAAAUAGUGUGAACACCCCGUACUGUGAGUUCUGCAGCAAUCAGUGUCCUUUGCCUUAGCAGCUGCCUCAGCAACACACUGCAACUGUUCUGUUAGUUUGGCUUAAGGCCGAGAUUAGCUGCUAAUAUAUAGAUAUUCAAACUCAGGUAAAUAUUUAAUAAUGCUUAUUUUCUUUCAAGGCCAGUCGAUUGUUCCCAGCCUGUUCCUUGUAGCUUUUUUGCAACCUAUUGUGCCAAAUCUUGUAGCAGUUGUAAUCCUCAGGUUGCUCCACUAUUUUUGUAGGAUUAAAAUUGCUUCUGUUUUUCUGUCUGUUCGAUAGUUUUCACAAAGUUACAACAAAAAUGUUGGCAAAUUUUACCAAUUGUACAUAAUGUUGUGAACACAUGAAUUAUUAAAAAAAAAUAAUUAUUUUUUUAUUCAUUUGUUUAAAUGGUUUUACAGAGAAUAUGCUAUUGUGAAAUAAAAUCCUAUUUGUACAGUUUUGGACAUGUGCGGGUUUAAAUACAAUAUUUAUUUUGUGUGAAUGUAUAGCUAAUAGUUAUAUAGGACCAAUGUAUAAUUUUCAUACCAUAAUUUACAAAUUUAUUCACAUCUAUAACUGGAAAGUCUGUAUUUUACAGAAAAGCAGAUUUUUUACUUCAACAGAUGACAGUGGAAAAAAUAACCAUGAUAGUUCUGUAAAAAAAAACAAAAAAAACUGCACCUUGAUUACCGUGAUUAAUGAUAUCACGUAUAUUGUGAUUUUUUGGUAAUGUGGUAAUGAUGCAAACAAAUGGAUAGUAUAUUGCAUGAUUUUUGAUGUGGACAAUUUCUGUAUAAAGCCAGAUUUAAGCUCUCUGCAUGAUAUUUGAUUGGACUUCAGAUGUUUAGUAAAUUCUGGGAACUCAAAUAUUGCUAUUCAUCCUUUAUUAGUUCAAGGCUAGAUUAUUGCAACACUCUUUAUGUUGGUCUAAGUCAAACAUCCAUCCAACUUGUGCAAAAUGCUACUGCUCGCUUUUUAACAAAUACAUCUUGAAGUGCACACAUCUCUCCCGUUCUAUUAACACUAUACUGGCUUCUGUUGCGUUUUAGAAUCGAUUUCAAGAUUUUACUGUUUUUAAAGCCUUCAGUGGCCUAGCCCCGGAGUAUUUGUCCGAGAUUUUAACUUUGGGUGGGCAAAAUCGGCUUUUGCGGUCUUUGGAAGUACAGAGGUCGAGGUUUGCUGCCCCAAAACUCUGGAACAAGCUCCCUCCUGUCAUUCACAUUACAACGAAUGUAGUUCAUUUUAAAUUGCAAUGGCUUUUAAUACACAGUAGUGGUACAACAACUUCCCUCUUUUGAUGUUUUUAGGUAACCUUAUCUGGCUUACAGUUUUCUAUGCUUCAUGUCUUUUUAUUUUCUUUUAUUGAAUGCUGAGUUGUUAACUUUUGGUUGAUGUAAAGCAUUUGACACCUGUUGGUUGCUGUAAAUUGCUAUAUAAAUAAAUGUUGAAAUGUUCACAACAUUGCUAAAGGAGGAAAAAA